AUGAAAGUGAUGAGUAGCCUGAACCCACAAAUCACUUACUCGCCCGCCAAAGACGCAGUCAAAUACACGACUAGGUUAUUUGACAGCGGCCUGAACUAUGGCAAAACAAUUUAUCAAGGACCUCCCUCCCAGAAAAGCAAUGAUGCAUGGACGGCGCUCUUUAUUCAUGGCUUGACACGAAUCAGCGCAGCCGAAGCCGCGCCGAUGCAUAACAAAACACUCCCUAUCCCCGAUGAUCCCGAGAACUAUAUCACAUCGCUAGCUGUUUUUCAUCAACUUCAUUGUUUGAAUGCCAUUCGCAUGUCCCUCUGGAAUACCUCUCUCAUGCGUGGCGACGAAGACGAAACAAGUAUGCGCCACCUCGAUCACUGCGUUGAUAUUAUUCGGCAAGCUAUUAUGUGUCACUCGGACAUCUCUCUAUUCGUUUGGGCGCGCGACCCCCGCGAUGGAAAAGCCAAGGGCAUCUCGAGCGUCACGCAUACCUGCCGCGACUUCAAUGCGCGGCAGAUCGCCCGAUGGGCUGAUUACCAUGUGGUUCUGGACUAUGGAGAAGUCACAGACUGGGAAAAGCAAGAGCCAGAUUACAAGGCUUGGACAGCGGGGAAGAAAGAGGAGAUGCUGAAAUCAGGUCAAAUAUUUUACGAGGAUGAUGACCUUUAG